GUAACUUAAAAAAUUAACAUCAUAAAUAUAAAAUUGUGAAAAAUGUAUAACGUUAAACAAACUUUACGUGAAAGAAUGAAUCGUACCGGGAAAGCAACAUUCACCGACGUUGAAUUUGACGAAAUUGUUAUUUCCGGAAUGGCCGGUAGAUUUCCCGAAUCCGAUAACAUCAAACAUCUGGAAGAGAAUUUAUCUAAUAAAGUGGAUCUUGGUUCGGAUGAUUGUCGUCGAUGGCCACAUGAGCAUCCAGAUAUACCAAAACGCAUAGGAAAGAUCAAUAAUAUCGAGAAAUUCGAUGCAGAAUAUUUUGACAUCCCUUUCGACGAAGCUCACCUCUUGGAUCCUAUGAGUAGGUGCCUCUUGGAACAUACUUAUGAGGCUAUCGUCGACGCAGGAGUAAAUCCUAAAGAUUUACGUGGUACAAAAACUGGAGUUAUCGUUGGAACAUGUUUCUCCGAGACGGAAUGGGUACACGUUUAUGAAAAACCGCAGGUUGCCGGUUUGGGAGGUUUGGGUUGUAGAAGAUGCAUGCUGGCAAAUCGGAUUUCUCACUGGUUAGGUACAACAGGUCCAUCUUACAUGAUGGACGCUGCCUGCAGUUCGUCUAUAUAUAUUUUAGAACAAGCAUACAGAAAUAUUCGGUCAGGAAUGUGCGACGAUAUGAUCGUUGCUGGUGCAAAUCUCUGUCUGAAUCCACAAACAUCGUUGCAGUACGCGCGACUUGGAGCUUUAUCGCCCGAUGGAUUCUGCAGACCUUUCGACAUCCAUGCGAAGGGUUAUAUGCGCAGUGAAGCAAUCGCAGUUGUAUAUUUGCAAAAAGCGAAGAACGCUAAAAGAAUUUAUGCGUAUGUGAUUCAUUCAAAAACGAAUUGUGAUGGAUUCAAAGAAGAAGGCAUUACAUACCCAUCUUCAGAAACGCAAAGCCUUUUGCUACAACAAUUAUAUAAUGAAUGCAAUGUAUCACCGUCUUACGUUACCUACAUUGAAGCUCAUGGAAGCGGCACGAAAGCUAACGACCCAAUAGAAGUCAAUGCAAUUGAGCAAGUUUUCUGCAAAAAUAGACGUAAUCCUCUAUUAAUUGGUUCUGGUAAAAGCAAUUUUGGCCACACGGAGCCUGUUAGUGGCUUACUUCAAAUUUUUAAGGUGGUGAUAGCAAUGGAAACUGGCGUAAUUCCACCGAACAUACAUUUCACACAAAAACGGGAUGAUAUUGAAGCAUUCAAGAGGGGAACCAUACGGGUGGUUAGUACCCCAACAUCAUGGGAGCCUUCUUUUGUGGGUAUAAAUUCUUUCGGCUUUGGCGGGUCUAAUGCCCAUGUUCUAUUAGCACCUAAUACGAAGCGAAAAAUCAAUGGUGGUUUGCCAAAGGAUGAUUUACCUAGGCUCGUAGUUCUAUCUGGCCGUACUGAACAAGCAGUUCAGUCGUUCUUGCACGAAAUCGAAAAUCAACCGAUAGACGUUGAAUACAUCCGGCUAUUGCACGAUCUCUAUGCUGACGACAUGAAAGGUCACCCCUACAGAGGUUACACAAUUGUCGAAUCUCAAACAUUGGGAAAUAUAAUAAAUCAAGUAGAACAUUAUUCAGAACUAAGAAAACCGAUGUGUUUUGUGUUUCCUGGUAUUGGAUCCCAAUGGCUCGGCAUGGGAGAAGCACUAAUGCAAUUUCCAACAUUCUAUAAAACUGUAGAAAAAUGUGAUACAAUUUUGAAGGUACAUGGUUUCCGCAUUAUUGAUAUUUUAACAAAGAGAUGCGAAUCUACGUUUGACAGUGUAUUAAACUCAGUCAUCGGCAUUACCGUGAUGCAGCUUGGAUUAAUCAACCUCAUGAUGUCGGCAAAUAUCGUACCAGAUUAUGUUAUCGGUUAUUCCAUCGGUGAACUCUCUUGCGGAUAUGUAACUGGCGACUUCACGAUCGAACAAGUGAUUUUAUCUGCUUAUUACAUAGGAUUGGUGUUGGAGGAAAUAAAAGUAAUGCACAAUUCUCGGGUGGAUAUCGGGCCUGGUAAUGCAAAUGCAAAGGACAUAUGUCCAAAUGAUAUGAAAAUCGUUGCAACAUGCAACUGCUGCCGAAACAUUAACAGCAGUAUUGAGCCAACGGAAUCAAUGAGAGCAUUUGCUCAAGCAUUAGAGAUUAACGAAAUCUUUUAUAAGGAUACUUGCAAUAAUAUUUCCCUCCACAAUUGCUGUCUUAUUUUCGCGAGAACCAGGAUUUUGGCUUACCUGUAUCGAACAAUACCGCAAAGGAUAAUGCACAGUCAUAAAUGGCGCGGAUUAAUCCACGAUACAGAUUCCUCUUACGCAGAAUAUUUUGCUGAUAAUUUAAUAAAGCCUGUGAUUUUUGAAGAGAUUGCAAAAUUAAUUCCGGAAAAUGCAGUGGUCGUGGAAAUUGUACGGGAUGAAAGUUUGGAAAGUGUCUCGAAACAAUUACUUGGUAUUACGAAUAUCGCAUUAUCCCACCAUGAUAGCGAAAAUGAUAUCAAAAUAUUUUUGCAAGGACUUGGCAAAAUAUAUAAUUGUGGCUUCCAGCCACAAUUGGCCAAUUUGUAUCCGACUGUAGAAUUACCUGUUAGUCGUAGUACACGGAUGAUUUCGCCAUCAAUUAAGUGGAAGCAUUCCGAAACCUGGCAUGUAUCUUGGUACACAUUGGAGAAACAAGUCACUUCAGGGCAAAUAGUAAACUAUAUUUCAUUACUAAAUGAAGAUUAUAAAUACAUGGAUGGUCACGUAAUAGACGGUAGGAAUCUGAUACCAGCUACAGGAUAUAUUGUUCUCAUUUGGAAACUGAUUGGAAUGAUAAAGAUGCAACUGUACAACGACAUACCCGUCAUAUUUGAAAACAUUAGAUUCCUUGAAACAACAUUUCUCUCGAGUCAGGCAACUGCGAAGUUAACGUUAACGGUACAAAAAGAUAGUGGGGAGUUUGAAAUAAUAGAAGGGGAUAACGUUAUAGUUACUGGCAGUGUGCGCGUUUCUUCAGACCCUGACAAGGAAAGAACGCCGAUUGAUUACUUACAAAGGAACAAUGUCGAGGAAGAAGAAAUGAUGAAGACGAAAGACAUCUACAAAGAACUCCGAUUACGCGGAUAUCAAUACUCCGGUUUAUUUUGCAGUUUGAAAAGCUUAUCGAUUACAAGGAAUCAGGGACACAUAGCAUGGAUGGAUAAUUGGACAGUAUUCUUGGAUAAUAUGAUGCAAAUAGGGAUGCUCGAAACAUGUACAAGAAAUCUUCGUAUUAUUACCGGAAUACAAAAAUUGGUGAUUGAUCCAAAGCUUCACGCGCAGUACGUAAAAAAUACUACGACUGAGAAUAAAGAACUCGCAGUGCGCACGUACAAAUAUUUAGAUACGGUAAUAUCCGGUGGUGUAGAAAUUCGCGGCGUGAGAACCACUUUUAUAACUCGUCAAAAGCCAACGCAGAAUCCUAUUCUCGAGAAACACAUAUUCGUAGCUCAUCGUGACGGAGCUGAGGUUUCUUUUGAAGAUGGAAUAAUCAUGUCGACACAUCUCGUACUCGAACAUAUCUGUACGACGAAAGUAGACACAAUCGAAUUGCUUGAAGACGGUGACGAAAUGAUAAUACAAGAAUUAGCCUCGCCGCUGUUCGUUUCCACUUUGACGAAUUCACCACUGAUUCAUUUCAAUAUUACUUUGGUAAACAGAACUAAUCGUUUCGAUGACACUACCCUUUGUUCCGAAGUCACAGUUUCACGCUCGAAAAAUUUGUUAACGGAAGACAGUGCGAUAUUAGUCACAGGAUGUAAUUUGUUAACGAAAGAUAAAAGCAAGACUUUAAAAGAAAUUCUGCCGGCAUUAAAGGCUGAUGGGUUUUUAUUGACGCGAGGACUGCCCCUCACGAAAGAGGAAGUGGCUUACGCUGAAAUCAACAAUCUAGCGGUAGUGCUUGAGAAGUACACAAAGAAUGAACAUAUGACACUCUUGAGAAAAAGAGGCCAGCCACCGAGUAAAAUGGAAGUAAUUUAUGUGAAUAAUUACGAAUUCUCUUGGCUGGAACAUUUCAAAUCGAUUCUGAAAGCAGAGAACGAGUUGACCAACGAUAAGAGGAUAAUUUUAGUUGGAGAAAAGGAUGCAGAGUGUGGUUUAUUAGGUCUGCUUAACUGUUUGAGAAAAGAACAGGGUGGUGAGCUAAUUAGAGGAGUGUUCAUCCAGGAUGAAAAUGCACCGAUAUUCUCACUUCACAAUCACUUCUAUGCGGAGCAACUUCAGAUGGAUCUCGUUGUAAAUGUUUUGCGCCCGGGAAAAAUAUGGGGAUCGUACAGGCAUUUUCCAUUGACCCCUCUGAAAUCCAAGCUCGUGCAUCAUGCUUACGUCAAUCAAAUGGUGCGUGGUGACUUGACUUCGUUUCGUUGGAUGGAAGGUCCACUUGUUUUAAAUUAUCAACACGGAAACUUCGUUAAUAUAAUUUACGCUUCCCUUAACUUUAAAGAUAUAAUGAUAGCAAGCAAUAAAAUCAACUCCCAGGACUUAUUACCAUGUAGACGGUCAGAAGACUGUAUGAUAGGUUUUGAAUACGCCGGUAUAGAUAAUACUGGACAGAGAAUAAUGGGACUUUACGAAAAUAGAUGCAUAUCAAACAGACAAAUAGUGGAUAAGUAUCUAUCCUGGAAAAUUCCGGACAAAUGGACCCUUGAGGAUGCGGCGACGGUUCCGUGUGCAUAUACCACAUGUUAUUACGCAUUAUAUCGCAAGGGAAAGUUAAAGAAAGGCGAUAAAGUACUGAUUCAUUCGGGCUCUGGUGCUGUAGGCCAAGCUGCGAUCCGUCUUGCGCUUCACGAAGGUUGUGAAGUAUUCACCACAGUUGGUAAUUUAGAAAAACGAAGUUUCAUAAGAAACGCUUUCCCGUCCAUCCCGGAAGAGCAUAUUGGACGUUCGCGCGACACUAGCUUCGAGCAAAUGAUAUACCAACAAACAAAUGGUCGUGGCGUGGAUGUUGUAUUAAAUUCUUUAGCCGAGGACAAACUCCAGGCGUCUAUACGUUGCCUUGCAAGAGGCGGGUGUUUCUUGGAAAUCGGAAAGUUUGAUAUGAUGGUCAAUAAUACUCUGAAUAUGUCAUUCUUUUCCAAAGGGAUUAAAUUUUACGGUAUAUUGUUAGAGAACGUCCUUUGCAAUGAUAAUGAAGAGAAACGUCACUUAAACACGUUACUAACUAUCGGUCUCGAUAACGGAGUCGUUAAGCCAAUUGUUAGAAAAGUUUUUCAAAAGGAUGUAGUAGAAAGGGCCUUUAGAUACAUGUCAACUGGAAAACAUAUCGGAAAAAUAAUUAUAAAAGUACAGGAAGAAGAAGAAUCUAUAAGCACACCUAUUCUUGCCCUGCCACGUUACUAUUGUUUACCGAAUAAGUCAUACAUUAUCCUAGGAGGAUUGGGUGGUUUCGGGUUCGAACUCGCCGGUUGGUUAGUCACUCGGGGUGCAAACAAUCUCGUUCUAAUCUCACGCACUGGGAUAAAGAAUGGGUACCAGCGUAUGAAAAUUGGACAAUGGGAAUCCUACGGAGUGAAAAUAUUAAUCUCGAAUAUUGAUGUAUCAGAUGUCAAAGAAUGCGAACACAUAUUGAGAACAACAGAAGAGCUGGCGCCAAUAGACGCCAUAUUCAAUCUUGCAGUAGUACUAAACGAUAAAAUUUAUCAGAACCAUACGAUAGAGUCGUUCCAGAUACCAUUCAAAGCGAAAGUUGGAGCCACGAAGAACUUGGACCAGUUGUCCAGACAAAUAUGUCCUCAACUUCGACACUUUGUCGUCUUCUCUUCCGAAACGUGCGGUAGAGGAAAUAUUGGACAGAGUAAUUACGCAAUGGCAAAUUCUAUCAUGGAAAGGAUCUGCGAGAGGAGAUCGCAGAAAGGAUUACACGGAUUGGCCAUUCAGUGGGGCGCAUUCGAUGAUAUCGGGGUUUUGAUCGACAUAUCGGACAUGAAAGAAAAAUAUACUGGCGGUACAGUACAACAGAACAUAAAUUCCUGUAUAGAGAAGUUAGAGGAAUUUCUAUUGCAAGAACAGCCUAUAGUGGCAAGUAUGGUUCUGGAUAAGAAGAAUUCGAAAAAAGUUAGCACGAUCAGUGUUGUCGAUGCUGUAGCCAACAUUAUGGGUUUUAAAAAUGUGAAGGCUAUUUCUGGUCACAUACGCCUGCCUGAACUUGGAAUGGAUUCGUUGAUGGCCGUGGAAAUUAAACAGACCUUGGAAAACAAUUUUGGAAUCUAUCUUACUGCUCAGGGUAUUCGUAAUCUCAAUUUUGCCAAGCUCUCUGAGAUGUGUAAUCAAGAAGCACGGGAUGAGAAAUUGCCUUCUAAUAAUCUGUCGGAUGUAAACGAUUUGCCUGGCAUAAAUACACUUAUUCGUGUAAUGGAUAAAGGUUACUCGAACCCUGACAUUUGUAUGGACCUUCCGACAAAAAGCAAUAAACCCGAAAGAGACAUAUUUUUGUUGCCGGGAAUCGAUGGUUGCGGAAAUAUUUUCAACAUGCUGGCAUCCAAAAUAGAAGGUUCUGCAAUGUGCUUACAAUAUGGAACGUAUCAUAUUGGCAACAAUUAUUACACAAUAACCGAGAUCACCAAUUGUGUUUUAAAACAUAUAUUGAACAAAAUCAAGUUGAAAAGGAACUUUGUAAUAGUUGCGUAUUCGUAUGGAGCAUUAAUAGGGAUCGAAUUAACAAAGAAGUUGGAAGAAAUGAACAUUCGAGGCCAAUUAGUGCUCAUUGAUGGCGCACCUAUGCAGAUAAAAGCAUUGAUGAAUCAAUAUAUACCUUAUACUACGAUAGACGAAUUUCAUAAUAAUGUUCUCCUUAUUGUAAUGAAUUUAUUAAAUCUUGCCGUCAGUGAAAGAAAGCUUCUCAUGGAAUUAAAUAAAGGCACUAACUGGGAUGACAAGUUGAAUAUAUUUCUAAGUUAUUCUCCUCAAUUACAUAAGAAUAUAUCGAUCGAUCAUGUAAAAGUUUUAUGUACAACAAUUUGCAAUCGCAUUCGUGCUUUCUACGAAUACGAUAUCACACAAGUACCAAAAAUUAUGUCACCUAUUACAUUUCUGAAGCCAACUGAACAAUCGGUGUGUUUAACUGAGGAAAAUUAUGGUCUACAUAAGAUUACUAAAGGAGAUGUAGAAGUGCGUUCUAUCGAAGGUAAUCACAUUACGAUGCUGGAUAGCGAUAAAGUUGCAGCUGCGAUCAAUGGUCAAUAGAUAGAAUAUGGUCAAGUGUAGUGGACGAUAAAAUAAUUUCUAUUAAAAAUAUUUGCUCGAGGAAAACAAAUCAGUCCCAUAGAAAUAUCAAAAUAAUAUCAUUUCGUCAUCAUAUUUUAUGAUGUAAUAAUUCCAAUAACAAAAUGACUCCAUACAACACAUCGAAAUUGCAAUAACAUAAUGUUUUCUUGUAAGAUUACAAUAUUGUAGAUAUAUCGUGAAAUGUUAUUCUCCAAUUAUGGUAACAGAAAAAUAUUCGUCUUUAGGAAUAUUGCAAUGCAAUUUU